AUGCUCAGCGUCAAGCCGCAUACCAAGACUUGGAAAGAGCUGGGCAACUACAAUAGUUGCUUGUCUGGCGUGAUCUGGGUCGCGCAGCUAAUCAUCUUCCACACUAGCGUCUGCCUAGAGAAGGCGGAGUUGGGGAGUACGCUCGAGCGUAUCGAGCAGUAUUGUGGGCGGUUCUUAAAGCAAGACACAGAGACUCCUAUAGGCGAGAUCCUCGGCUGGCGCUUGUUGCUCUUCACCGUCUCUAAGGAGGUUGUUGGGCCGCACUAG